GCUAUCUUAAUCAUGAAUAGGGGUGUCUGGAUUUCUUUUUUCUUUUCUCUAUAAUAUUAUUAUUAUUUUGUACGUGGUACGACUCCGCGUUCUGAACGGAGUGCAUAUAAAACCGCACAUUUGGCCCUUACCACACCCCCUACCGCCCUUUCCGCAGAUCGUCCGCGGAUCCCGGUUCCUGAAGAUACGCAAUUAUAUGUCAGCUCUUCGUGGCAUCAUCUUGAUAUGAUAUAAUUACAUACUACCACCGUUACACCACUUAGUCGUGACAUAAUCCUCAAUUCUCACUAGAUAACAACCCAGUAUUCCCGGUGCAAGCGCCAAAAAAAAAAAAAGAAAAACCGGUUGCGUGGCCACCAUUCCAUUAGCCAACGCCAACAGCCACGGAGCCCUGCUUAAACCAUAUAUAACCAGGUAUAUGGGGAAAUCCCGAGAAAUGGCUCAGACGCAGGAGCAAUUGCAUCAUGCUGUCACACACUGAUUGGCUCUGGACUUUGAUUCUCGGAACUAAGCUAUAUCAAAUAGGCAAAAAUAUCCAGUUCUUCCAUCCGGCUUCCACCGCUUCUUCUGCUACUUUUGGCUUCUGCCGAGCAUUGCUGUUUCGGGGUAUCCGGGGGAGUGCACGGAGCGCUUUUGUGGAGUGGGUGAAGGAUACGGGGUCAUGAGUACGGGUGGUUUCUCAUAUUCGUCGGUACAGCUGGAUUAGAUGCGGACGGACUCCGUAGCACCGUAGCACGGUAUCACUCAUAUAAGUGUGUUUAGAUAUGCGACACGCGGCACUAUUGCCAAUUUUCGGUUCUUUUGUUGAUUUUGAUUUUGAUUUUGUUUCAUUGUCGUACGUGUUCUGUGCCCUGGCCCUGGCCGGUGUGUAUUCGUAUACUUUGUAUAUGUACAUACCCAGGCGCCCUUUGUGGGUACCCGACGACCAGUCAAUGAGGAGUCAAAUGUCUAAUAUGCUUGUUUUCCAAUAAAGCAAGGCUUGUGUCAGGUAUGGAAGGUCUCGGAUCAUUCUGUACGUUGAGAUAAGCAAUAUGCUGUGCCAGAAAAUACCUCAAAAGGGAUACGUGCAUACAUGGG